AUGGAAAUAAAGAGUGAAGUGAAGAGGAGAGUAAAGAGUGAAGUGAAGUUGAUGGUGGGUUCUACUGACUUGAACAACUCAACCGAAUCUAUGGGUAGGGGUUGUUGUUGUACAGUUAGAGUUGAAAAUUCAAAAAAUGGUGGAUUUAGGUUAGGUGGAGGUGGAAGAUGA